UAUGGGCCUGCCUGGAGGUUUUACCGAAAAUUAUUCAUCACAGCCUUACGCCAGUACGUCUCAAACACUUCUCUGGUCGAACAAAAAGUCUUGGCUCAGGCCGAAAAACUGGUGCACUUUAUGGAACAGUAUGACGGAAAGCCUUUUGACCCUGCAGAUUACUUGCAGCGAAGUAUAGCCGAUGUACUUUGUGGAAUAAUUUUUAAAGACGGCUCUGACACCACAAACCCAGAUAUGGACAAACUUUUGAAGCUAAACGUUAAGGUAACUGAAAGGGCUGAUGAUAUCAGGGUGGCCGCCAUCUUAGACUUUUUUCGGGGAGCGCAUCACUUGCCUAUAAAGGCGCGCAAUCGGGUCCUUAGGCUCUUCUAUGAGAUUCACGAUGUCAUUCGCAAAUUACUAAGGGAAAGAAAAGAAACUUUUCACCUUGGCCAACAAGUGGAAGAUUUCAUGUCAGCUUUGCUUCGAGCCAGACACGACCUCGAGGCAGAAUGCAAGAGUGACGAAGAGAGAUCCGCUCUACUGUCAGAGGAUUAUUUCAUCGUCACCAUCGAGGACAUGUUUAUUGCUGGGUUUGAGACCACAAGCACUGCACUACGCUUUGCCAUAGCGUUCUUGUCUGGCAAUCUAAAGUACCAAAAGGACAUUCAAAGCCAGUUAGAUGAAGUCCUUUGUGGGCGAAGACCCUCCUUGGAGGAUCGCCCUAAGCUGCCACUCAUUCAGGCGAUGAUCUUGGAAACAUUGAGAUUAGGAAAUGUGGUACCUCUUGCUAUUCCUCACGUAGCCCUCUCCGAUACAACUCUCGGCAGCUACCGCGUUCCCAAGGGCACAAUCGUCUAUGCAAACACAGAGUCCGUCCAUCUGGAUCCAAAAUGCUGGGAUGAUCCCACCGUUUUUAACCCAUACCGCCAUAUUGAUGCAGAAGGCAAGCUGAUCACCAACGAAUGUAAUCUCUAUCCUUUUGGAGCUGGGCGUCGAGUUUGCGCUGGUGAAUCAUUAGCUAAGGUUAAGCUGUUCUUGUUUUCCUCGUUGUUGCUGCAAAACUUCACGUUUCUUCCUGGAGAUGGUCAUCCUCCAAAAUCAAAAGCAGGUAUCAUUCAGUUUCCUGAACGUUACACGAUACAUGCAAUGAAACGGCAGUGAACGCCUUUUGCUUGCUUUUACCGCUAUAAGAAUAAGUAGUAAAAUUUAUGUGCUGAACGAACGAUAAUUUUGCUGAGCAAGCAAGGACGAAAAAGGGGACUAUCUGUACAUGUGCUUUCCUAAUUCAGUGUAUCAAUCAACACAUCUGAGCACUUUAGAGGGAAUUUCAUCACCUCCUGUACCUUUCCUGUUAUUUAGGAUAUUUAGAGACUUAAUGUAUAGCCACUUCUCAGUUCUAACAGGCCAAAUGUGGUAUGGUCAAAACCUAGUUAAACUUUCAGCGCGUCCAGAUGCUUCUCAAAAGUAGAUGAUGCAGAAUGACGACGCACUGUACAUACACUCAAAGCCCUCGUUUAGAGUCCAUUUCGGGUAUGAUAGAAUUAAUUUAAGUGGUGGCAGGUAGAGCUGGUCUUUGACUAGAUACAAUUUUUUUUUCUAUUUUUUCCUGUUUUUGUUUUGUUUGUUUGUUUGUUUUUUUUUUUGGAAGUGACCACAUGAUAAACGUACUCAGAGAGUGGUCGGUAAGGACAGCUCUUCGCAGCAAGCUUUGCCAUUAAAAAUAAUGUCGUUUAUUACUAGUGAUUUUGCAGUGGUAUCUGUUUAUGUCUGAAAGAUCCUAUUUUUGAUCAAGAAAUAAAUUUCAAUUUUUAUUCAAGUGUUGGUUGAGUGGUCGCUUACGAGAACUUAAUUGAGCAAAGGAAAAGAACGGCAUUUAAUUCAGAGAGUCGAUUUCAAACUGGGUUUUACAAUCGCUGCUCCUCUAAAAUGCCGCUGGUAACGUGCAAUGCUAAUAGCAAGAAACGAUCCAACGACGCGACGGCAACGUAACGAGGACGUCGCUUAAAAAGUGAGUUUGCUUUGUCUUAAAUGCGUGAAGUUGUUGUUUUGCUUAGUGUUUUAUGACAUUCUCAUUGCCGUUGCGUCGUUGGAGUAAAGUUCCUAUUCCAUGUAAAAACGGCCAAUGCAUAUGAAAGUGGAGGUUUUAUUGUGGGCUACAAAUAUACAUGUCUAGCAAAUCUGGUCGGUUUGCAAUGGUCGCAGGUCGAAGACAAACUUAAAUAAGCGUUUCUAAAUGAUUUAGAGCGUGUUUUAUAGUUUUAAAAGCCUUGGUUUGAAUUAUAGCAGCUUUGUUCAGUUAUUUGCUUAGCUUGCAUAUGCUCAUAAACCUUUUUCUAAUGGUCACUUUCUUCCGUUUGCACGCUCUACAGUAACGGUAAAGAAGUUUGUUUAUUUGUAUCUUUUGUUACGUUUUUACCGUUGUUUAUUUUUCUUUUAAAAUGUCUCUCGAAAACGAUCCUUCUAAAUAUUUGAUCAUGUUAGCAAAAGUGAACAGUACAAGGUUGACACCAAGGCCACAGAGCUGAUAUGUGACUGACAAUUGAAGUCUCAGUACUAAGAAGACAGGUACAACCUGGUUUUCACUGUGUGACUUCUCGCCUCAUCUGUUGAAUUAUCAGCUUUUUACUUUCGUAAGUACCCAUACGCGCUUGUCUAGUCAUCGCUUGUUUUUGAAUUCUCAGCCUUUUACCCAUUUAACACCUAAAACACAAAGCAGGAAAAAAAAUAAAUAAACGGUAAGUUGCUUUAAAUUCGAAUUAGCCAAUUAGUUUCUACCUCCAAUAUUUCUGCCAGCUACGACUGAACAAAAUAGAGACAAAACUGGGACUUGAGUUCAAAAAUACGGAAUUUUCCUCAAAAUUAUUUUUUGUGUAAAUAUACCUUAUAGAUCAGUGUUGCUGAAACGAUUAUUAACGAUUGAUUUAUUUCAAUUUUGUUCUGCAAAUGUGGUGUCUUCAGUUUUGUAUCAAAGGAGGGCGAUAUAUGUUCAACGGAGUCGAAAUUUCAGUCCACGAAAAUCAUUUUUUUAAUAUAUUUUGUAAUAUUAUCCCAUUUAUCCAGAUAAUCAUAACAGAUUAACGGUAUACGGGCUUUCAAAAUGCCCUUGAGUUGGUUUCUUCCGCUGAAUUUUACAGAACUAAAGUAAAAUCAGAUUCCAUUUUAUGUGUGGCAAUCCAAGCAGUGAUGAUGUUUCAUUCGAGGCAGUCGAUUAAUAGCGAGUUAGUUAUUUUAUUUUCCAGUCAUUUUUUGGCUGCAUGGUGGUGGUGGUGGUAGUAGUAAGAGUAUUGUUAUUUUUUGUUAUUACUAUCGCUGUUUUUGUUGUUUUUGUUUUGUUAUCAUUGAUUCUUUGAACAUUGUUUGGGUAUUUCAGUGAGAUUCUUAUCGUUUUACUUUAUUGCAGCCGUGCCCUGGGCGCGUUGGUGACUUAAAAUUGAUAGGAUGAAAGUCUUGUUGGCUUUCCUGGGCGUGUUGUUGCUUACAGAAAUCAGUUUCACUGAAUUUACAGAUUUUGAGAGUGGUAUGUUAGGUCAACUAUUGUACUAUGAAGAAAGAAUCCUCCCUUUAAAGAUAAGCGCAAAAAGAUCAUUCCAAGGGUGCCUCACACAAUACACAAAGCGCGAAACAUUUUUUUAAAUUCGCAUUUCCAAUUAUUAGCAAUCAUUACCUAAUAACAUAUAUUUUGAAAUACGAUUGAUAAAAUGGUCCUACUCAGGGAAAACAGUAUGCAAGUAAGUAAUAAGGCAAAUUCCAAGUGUUCAAAAUCCAUGUAUAGUAAAACUUCUAUAUAACAAAGUGCUUUAUAUAACGGACGCCUAGUAAGUAAUAGUAAAAUAUGCGGGAAAAAAAACUUCCAUAUAACGAAACCUCUUUAUUGCGAAAGUAGUUUGCCCGUGUUUGCCACUCCCUUGGCCCUUCUUCAUGUUGAGGUUCUACUUUAACCGUAAUGCUUUUUUUAGUUAAAGACAGUUCAUCAAAGGCCAAAUCUGCAAAAUAUGCCCCCUUUUCCUAGCAACUAUUGAGCGUUUGCUAAUUGAAAACUCUGUUUAGGUGUUGUCACUGGGGUACUACAACACAAAGAUACUAAGAAAUGCAUCAGAUUGGGUACAUUGAGUAGGUACGCUGAAUGGACAUGCAAAGCUAGCUGGAGAGGGCGUUUCAGAUCGUGCUCUGAUAAUGUAGCACAACUGGCCACCUCAAGUUGUCCGACGGUGAAAUUGGCCAUAAACGGGCUAGUCGGUGUUUCGGGAGGAUGUCUUCAUUGGUUUAACAACAUUGAUGUCUUCAAGGUAAGAUUUAAUAUUUGACUCUCGGGAAGCAAGUCAUAACAAAGACCUGACCUUCUCAAGCCUGCACAAUGUUUAAUACGAUCCUCUAUAGCAGAGUACGUCAGGCCGAGCACUUAAUGAAUGCAGUAACUUUGUGACCAUCAUUUUAAGAUUGUUCUAAAUUCUCAGUAUUUACCGCAUCACCACAUCAGUGAAUAGCAACUUUCGUGUGUUUGAUUGGCUCCAGCGCGUAGCUCGCAAUAUUUCUGGCCAUCGUAACAAGCUCUUGGAGCGUACACUGAUUUAGGAGGGGAGUUAGUAAAUAGAAGUGUAGUACCACACUAUCUCGUUCACGGUCGAUUCAUAGAGUUACCUAUCGGUAUACAUGGAUAUUUACCAUUUGUAUAUGGCCAAGUCUGUUUUCGCCCUGUGAUUCGUCAAUUUGCGGUCCAUAACAAGUUUUUUUUCCUGUGCAAGGACCAAACUUUCAAACGAGCUUACCUAGAAAAAUAAGGAUGGCCAUGAUAUCAGUUUAUGUAAACGUAUUGCAAAUUCCAGUACCUAGAAAGAGCGAACAUUCGCUUGAGGAAGCAUAAGAAGCUUAAGAAGGGCCCUUAAUAAUCUUUACUGCUAUUGUUCCAACAGUCUCCCUGUGGUAGAUGGCCGGGCGAUUGGAAUCACUUUGAAAACCUUAUCCAUGUCUCCGUGCAACCCGAUGGACAGAUUUUCUUCAGUAACGGUCAAUACUGUAUAGCUAUACACUCAGGCUACGAUCCCAAGUUGAGAGCUCUGAGCAGUUCACAAGCGGUGUGCCAGGCAAGCUCAAGCCGUUUUCGUUUAGUAUGUAAGUGCAAAACGAUAAAAAAUAUUAUAUCAUUGUAAACAGUUUGAACCCAAUAAUCCUGUCAAAAACAGAUGAUUUAUGAUAUUGAUUUGUGAUAUUGAAGAAAAAGAACUCCAAGCCAAAUCUGAAGACAGAAGACAACCUGAACAAUCUUAGUGGGGCACCAAAGCUCGUCAACCUUGAGAAGCCCAGCUGAAAGCUCCUGUAGUUCCAACCGACAACUAACUGAUCUGCGGUUAGGUCAGCAAAUCUCGGUUCCUUAAACAUUUGGAUACGGUAAUACAUGGUUAUUUGCCAUAUGGUUGAAUUCGCGAGCGGCAAAAACCCCAUUGUUACUGGAAGGAAAAAAAAUUACUCUUUUGGAUAUUGGCCUCGCUCUUCUUUUAUUAUUACUUUUUAUCGACCUAGUUCUCAUCUCGGUUCAUAAAAAACGCUGAAGAAAUUGGCCAAUACCUAGCCAUAUUGAUGGAACAAGCUUGGUCAAUAACGCAUAUGUGUCAACGGAGAAAAUUAAAUUGAUCGAAAACGUACAACCCCGUUUCCUGUCGUCCGCGGCGAGUUCAAUGUGACGUCACCCGUCAAACCUCUUCCGUUGACUUCUAUAGCGCGAAUUGGGAUGAGUACGAGCCUGCAUAAAUGUCAUUUUACUCCUUUUCCCCUGACUAGGCAAGAGGGUAGGGGGCUUAUUCUAAACUAUACCAGUCACGCCUCGUUUACUUAUGGCUGGAUCAAACGCCUAACUUCAAUUUGGAAAGGCUAAGCCGUUGUUUCCGGCUAGCCCGGCUGGGAAUUUUGACUUAAAAGCAAUUUUAGAACGGCUUUGAUUCAGACGCGGAACUUUUCAUGUGUCGAACAUAAUGCAUAAACUAUUAUACCGUAUUUUGCAAGCAGGUUCACUGAAAUAAGCACUUUUCUCCUUUUGAGUUUAAGUUGCGGAUUUAAAAAUAUCUAGACACGUGUGGACGGCGCCUAAGUAACAGACAUCCCAUGUGAAGAACAUGGAAACUUGUAAACUUUUCUUCGCCAUUGUUUGCAACUCCUACAAUUGGUGAAAAUAUUUUUAACACAAAAACACCUUUUAAAAAUAGAGUUUUCCUUUCGUAAACUUCCUUUUUGUAGGUUUAUGCAUUCUCUGUGUGAAAAUGAAAAUAUCUUUAUGUGAGGAAAGCGUAUUGCGCCAUGACAAAAGAAAUUGCUUGCCUUUUAGCUGGGUCAUUACUAAAGAAGAAAAUGUGAAUUUGAAUUUCUAGCUUCAGGCAUGUCCUGGUUUGUUCGUGAUUCUUCUCCUCAGCAAGCCACAAGUAUCGACACGAGCGCAAAUCACUGCGAUUAUUCAGGCAGAAGGCUCUGUACAGCAGCUGAAGUUUGCCCCUCCAGCCCCGGUGGUCAGAGUGUUGCGGGCGUCACUGGCGGAAGUUUAACAAAAGCUCUUCUCGUGGUAGGAGACACAUUUGUGGACGCUGCGACUUGUCAAAGACUCUCCCAAAUAUCAAGCUAUACCGUUGAUGGUUUUUUAUGUUGUCCUACCGGUGACCUGCCAAGUCCUAAAGACUUUGUCAGUGACGGUGAGUGACGUAUGUGUGGAAAUUAUUCUCCUCCACAGAACACUACUCUUUUGUAUGUAAACAGCGCAGUUCAAGACAAACAACCGAGCAAGAGAAAGGAAUCCUGCGUUCAGGCAUUCUGAUUGGCAAUCCGGGUUGGUAAAAUGGUCCGAUGUCCUGCUCGGGAUUUCCUGCGUUGAUCCUCCAAGAAAAACUGUCUAAAAAUGUGUCUAAAUAAGGCCUUUAGAAUUCCUGAAAACCAACCGAGCUAAAAAAAAACACAUUAAGGUCAGAUGCAUAAAAUAUGCAGCAGGACAGUUAGCUUGCAAAUAUAUGGUCUCGAAAUGAGGUUUGUAUCCCUGGGAUACGAAGCUAGGUGGUGACUGAGCGUACCUGGAUAAUUACCAAAGAGGAUCAAACCACCUUGAAACUCCUUGAACAUAAAGCUAAGCCCUGUCAGUCCCAUCAUAAUCACUGUCGCAUGCACAGGUACACUGACUGCUCGCCACACUCAAUAAUAUGGAAAAUCCAUAUUAGUGGGGGAAGAAAUUCUUGCAGAAUCUUUUAGAUUAAUGAAAGAAACCCCUGUUGAGAAGUAGGCGUAAGAGUACAAGUUGGUCUAGGCUAAUACCCGAGGGAAAUUACAACCUCGGUGAAGAAAAACUUGUGGCCCUUCCUUUAUUUUUUGGGCAUGCACAGUGUGGUCCCCUCAUCCCUUGCAUGGUUGAUAAUGAGAGCAAAGGGGAAAAUCGGCCAAGUGCCCCAACUAUUGUUAUCCAGGGUUGUAUGCAGCUCUAGCUGACCUUAUGAUUGUGGGUUCUUGAGUUAAAAAUCUUCGUAGGUGAGGCUUUAGUGUAGCCUCCCAGGCGCCACGCCGACGUUCUUAAGGCUUCAUUACGCGUUCCUUCCCCAUCAGAGUCUGCUGAAGAGUGCAACUAGGAAACCAUUUCCGUUCUGGUUUACGGACCAGGAUGAUGCUAACUUUAACUUAUAGAACCUGAUUUUUUUCGAGAGUUUAUUUCUGUUUAAGAGCAUGAACUGCGCGGCGCAAACAUUAUUUAUUUUCUUAAAGGUUACGGUUACCUAAUGCACAAAAGUGGAAAGUGCGCUCAUUAUAUUAACCAAAGGCUGGUUCUCAAAACUGACUGCAAAAGUCAAACUGCUCUUAUGUGCUGGUCAAAUGAUGGGAGUAUCAAGCAAGGUACAGACUGUAUAGUUGCUGAGUCGCUUGGACAGUGUCCUCCGUAAGUACUGUGGUGAAUGUGCUUCGAAUAACUUCAUUACAAUUCAGUAAAUUCAGUUCUAUUAAAAUCGCUUUGAUUGCUCAUUAAUUAAAUGUCUUUUCAUCCAGGGUUUCCCUUUUAAUAUAUAUGUUCUCCGACUCUUUUAAAAAAAAUCGUUUAUGAUGCUACGGUUAUAAGGGCCUUGUUUGACAAUUUUGUUCAAGAAACAAGGGACUUUUAAUGUUCUGAACUAGAAUGAUGACUGAUUUUUAAGGGGUUUGAUAAUUUGUCUGUAUCUUGCAAUUUGUUUCGUCAAGUUUUCAGUUCUCGAACGUCAACUCUUUACAAGACGUAUUUACCAGUAAGUGUCUGGUACCUGAAGCGGGAGAGCUGAACCCCGAUGAUGACACCCAGUUAGUUGAAAGGGCAGCGUGUGGAGAGGCAUACUCCAGCUUUGCAUUAAAGAGUAAGUGAAUGAAUAAAAUUAUAAAAGGGACAAAAUUAGACAGGCAGACAGAGAGUCGAUCAGAAAAAUAGACCAACAGAUAGACCUGCAGAGAUAUAAUCUAGGGAGACAUUAAAAACCCGGCUUGAACGCAAAUGCAUGUAUGUAGACAUAGAUAUAUCGAUACGAGGAGCAAGACGAAGUAAAGAGAAUGAUACGCCAUCAAACGAAACAAAAUGGGAAAAUAAUAGGCCCCAGGUGGUCGUCUGGGGCAGUGAUCAAAGGUGUGAGUACAAUUAGGGCGAAGGAGGGACUUGUUAGCCUGAACUUCAUCCGAUUACUUCGAGCCGUUAUUACUCCCUCAGUAACGUCUGAAUCGACCGGCCGUUAAUGCCGUCCAGUGCACGAUUUUCAAGUGGCAAACGGAGAAAUAUCGUUUGGAAAUGUCUGCAUGAUACAGAACUGCUUUAUUUUUUUUCGAUCGUAAUUCAUGUUUAACGUUCAAACCAUCAACUGCAUGCAGUACAACUCUGAACCGAUUGUACUAAAUUCUAUAAUCAAACGCGGUCGCAAUCACGCAAUGAAUUAAACACACACACGAACACUUAGUUCAAAAACACAAUGAUUUGCUUUAAUUGAAAAGAAGCUAUUUGGUCCUUAACGAAGAAAAAAACAAGGAGACAAGAAAGAAAAGCUAACAGAAUCAUUACACGUGACAGUAAAAAUAGCAAGAAGUUCGAAUUAUAACAUUGAUCUCAGAAAACUUCGCGUAAACAAAAUCACCAGCCACCAAAACCACAAAGCAGCUCCAAAUGAAAAACCUACCGCUCCUCUGCAAUGAUUCUUCAUUCGCAGUUCAAUUUAGCAUUUCAGUUUCGAAGACAGGGGCAAUUUUGCUGUGAACUAAACGACAGAAUGCCAGGGAUGCGAUCCGCUGAACAUCAAGCGACAAUCCCGCUAAAAUUUUUCAUAAUUAUACAUAAUUAUGCGAAUGUUCAGACAAUCAACCAAUCAAAAUCACUACCCGGUUUUCGGGUAGUGAGUGACGUCACUGGACGGCAUUAACGGCCGGUCGAUUCAGACGUUGUUGAGAGGAGAAAACGACUCGAAACAAUCGGAUGAAUUUCAGGCCAUGGACUUGUAGGUGUAGUUAAAAAGUUUAAUUUUAUGCAGUGGUUUGAAACAAAGCGAAAGUUUAACAAAUUAAUUAAAGUAAACUAAGUUAAAAGAAAUUAAAUUGAAUUGAAGGGAAGGAAAGGGAAGUAAGGUGAAGUGAAGUGAGGUUAAGUGAAGUGAAAUGAAGUAGUGAAGAGAUGUGAAGUUAGGUGAAGUGAAGUGAAGUGUUAUAGUGGUGAAGUAUAAGGCAAUGGCUCUAGAGUAAAGGGAUGUGAGGUGCAUUGAAAUGAAAUGAAGUGGAGUCCAUGAUUGAAUUACUCGCCCAGACAAUAACCAACAUUAUUGCAGGAAGGAAACUAUUUAUGUAUAUUUUGUCUCGCAGCACCUUCUCAAACACGAGCGGCCUUCGAUGCAGUGCAACCCGAUACCUGCAUAACAGUGCACAAAAAGAAGCGAUUAAAUAUCUUAUUUUACUUUUUUUUGUUCAGGGAUCCAAGGAUACCUAAAACAUUCAAGCAAUAAAUGUGUUGGUGUGAAUGCAGGCAAACUGGUGUUCGAGGCCUCGUGCACCUCAGCCGAACAAGUCUUCUACAAAGAAAAGUUUUCAUCUUUUCUGAUUCACGUAGCAAGCGGAAAAUGCGUCGCAAAUCCCGACCCAGUUGGCGCGGUAUGAUAUGUUGCGAUUUAAAUACAUUAGAGCGGUUUUCACUUGACUGUCGAAAGGGAUUGGCUUUGGUUUUGGUUUUGGUUUUACUACGCCCUUUGGUUGGCUAGUGUAUUUACUUUGGUUUUGGUUUUACGACAGUCAAGUGAAAACCGCUCUAUUUGCUCUCAAAUUGAAUUUUAUGCGACUUUUCAACCAUACAUAUGUACAUUUACGUAAUUAUUUUACCCAUUGCACAAGAACAGGUUGUGGGUCUGGUACCGAAGAUAAUGUUUUGAAUUUUCAAUCCGCAUGGAUCCUCGUAUAAUGGCCGUCAUGCCUCGUUUGUUGUUCAAGCAAAAACCUGCGGCGCAGGAAGCAUUAUCAACUCAUUAGCAUCGUAAUGUACAUUGUGUACAAUUUUACUUUCGCGGUAGUCAUCAAAAUGAUCUUAAGGUCCCUAUUUUCUCUUUGCACUAGGCACUGACUCUAACAGACUGUCCAGGAAAUGGAGCGGCAACUUUGACCUAUGAUGGAACGACUCUUGGUUAUAGUGGCGGCAAGUGCGUGAAGCCGCAAAGAGGCGGAGCUAGUCCGGCGAAUAACGAAGAGUUGGUGAUCGAAACAGGAUGCUCGGACGCAGCGUCGACAUUUCAUUUUGCAGGUACGUUUUGAGGGUAGUUUCGUGGUGUUGCAGACAAGUGCAAUCACCGAAGGACGUAACGUAAAAGGUUUGAAAAGAAUCUCGCAACAAUACCCAAACCAGAACACAACAGCCGACUUACAACAGUUUCUGCAACUCGAGGAAGCACCCGGUUUCUGUAACUGUGUUUCAAUCAUUUUCCUCUAGAUGUUAUGACGACGCAAGUUUCACACCGUCUCAUAUAACUAGCCUUAUCUAAGCUGGUGCACACACCUGAAACUGAGCUAGGAAGCAAAUUUCUUGUGCCGGUGUUGUUAUCGAACCCAGAGUCUCAAUCUGUAUUAUCUGCUCAAAGCCCAAAAUAUAGAGAAAUGCAAGACUGCACGGCAAUUUCGCUCAAGAAUUUGUGCCAAGUAGUUUUGCACCGCUUCCAUGUAACACCUUACUUGAUUAUGCAUACAUUUUUAAUGGAAAAGAAGAGAGGUUGUUUGGCAAAAAUACUUACUAUUCAACGAUUUUGCGACAUGUUACAAUUUAGUUCACAAAGUUCAGAAAAACUGUCUGCCAUUGACUACGAAGUGGGGUUUUUGCAACCCUGCCUUAGCCACCAGAAUAGAUCGGUAGGCAAAAAUCGCACUUAAUAAUAACUACGGUCUCAACGUUAUACCUAUAACAACUGCUCGUAUAGUUAUCUAAAAUUAAAAACAGGCCAUUCCUAUCGGAAAUGGCGAUUGCAAUGAUCACAGUAUAUUAUAGGAAACUAUAAAAAUACAACUCCAAAUUUAGAUUGUUGUAUAACAUUAUUGUUUCUUUUUUUUUUUCCAAAUUUGCAGAUGCCAUUUUCUGUGGAGAUGAGCCUUGCACAUGCGUGGAAGGGUACGAGAAGCACGGCGAGAACUGUUUUCCCAUCAACAACUGUGAGAUUAGUAACGGCGGUUGCCUUGGUGAGGCCGAGUGUGUUUAUACAGGCCCUGGUACAAGCAUGUGUGUAUGCCCCCCCGGGUAUCAGCUCGACUCAGAUGGAAGAAAUUGUGACCAAUGCCUAGAUAACAACUGCUACAGUCAGUGUCAGUUUGUAGAUGAUGAUGAACUUAAGGGUGUCACAAGCCUCCAGACUCAUGUUGAGAUUCGAUUCCUGAAUAUCAAGACAUCUGAUUUGUUGCCAUAUAUAGGAGAAACUACCACUGAACUCGUUGUUUAUGCGCACCAAAUAACAAUAUCUGGGGUUCUAACUCUACCAAGUGGUGUAGAUAAAGUUGCCUUCUUUUCCAAUGAGAUUCUGAAAGAAAACGGAGCACAAAUUGUGCUGUGGAAUAACGCGUCGCAUGCUACCGAAACAACAGGUCGCCGUGCAGUUGUUAAAGUUGAAAACAACAAACUCUUGUGUGAUAACCGUUAUUCAGCCAGUAAUCCAUGGCCAGGAAAUGUGAAAGGGACUGUUUUUAAUAUCUAUACAUCUAAAGCAUCAGCACCUUUCUCAUGCUCUGGAAACUACAACGCAAGAGAUAUUUCAAUACAAGCUGCUUUAAAAUCUAAACAAAGUCCAAAGAAAUCUCUUGAUGCUGAACUGUACCGGCAUGAUUCUAAAUUGUGCUAAGAUCAUGGCUCAGGGAACGCCGUUUGCAAAGGAGGGCAAGUUGCUCAAAGGAAGCCUUCCUGUUACAUUAAUCGAGUAUGUUUUAGAUGAAAUUCGAACGGCUAAGAAGGAACAAUUAGAUACAAACUCUGUAAAUGCGUUAAGACUGAAUGCAAAAAAUUUGAUGGAGGAUCUUUCCCUUCGUGCUCGCGGAUAUUACAGAGUACCUUACCUGUCGCUGAAAGCACAUGAAAAGAUUCUGAUCCUCAUAAAGGAUGACGCUAAAAUGGCAAUACAAAAAUACGAAAGGUUCGAGAGAAUAUCCCAAGAUUUUGCAGCAAGGAUUGAAGCCACAGAUUCCAUGACGGAACUGAUGACAACCAUCGUGAGGAAGAACGACCUGGACGUUGCAGCUCUUGAAACAGAACUUGAGGCAGCAAAAGCAGAUUGUCAAGCAAUGAAGAACAAACUUGAAGAUGCAAAAACAGCCUUAGAUACUGCUAAAGCUACUUUCGAGGCAGGGGUGCGAGCGUACUCAAACCAGCAGAUUGCUAAUGCAGUGUUCUCUGUGCUUGGGGGAAUUACAACGAUAUUUGCUGGUGGGGCUGGCGCGUUUAUGGGUUUCACAAUUGAACUGGGUUCUUUAGCUACCGACAUAAGUAAAAUUCAGAAGACUCUUUUCAAGAUAAGCAUUAUUAUGGACUCUAUUUCCAAGAUAACCGAAGCUGCAAAUACGUUUACGGACCUUCAUUAUGACGUCUUACCCUAUGCCGGCACUGAAAUUUCAGAUUACUAUUCUAAAUCUAUGCCUGAGAAAAAAGACCAGAGUUUGGCAGUGAUGGUAAAAGAGUGGGAUGUCUUUGCUGCAGAGGCAGAUGCAUUUCUUGGAGUUGGAACAGCUAGCGGGAUAUCAGGAGCAUCAGAUUACUUAGCAGCGCUUAAGACAGUGGCAAUCUGGGGGAAGGGAUAUCACGAAAAAUCCAUCACUGUUCAAGAGCUUUUAGCAACGUUGACGAAGCUAAAGACUCUUAAGAAUGAACAACAUGAAGCACAGGCGAAGAUAAAAACAUCUCGAGACAAUGCCCUAUCUCUUAGAACGGUCAAUGGAGAACUGCUAAUAGAAUUGGCGCUACAAAAACAACGACUUCGUAACAUAAUGGUUGAAAAGCUAAUGUCCUUCUGCGAUUCGUAUUUCUACAACUGGUUGUCGGAAUGUCUCGUGAUGCCUACCAUGUCAGAUGACUUGUACGCUUUACACGAGAAAGUCAAUCAGGGCCUAAGCGCUGUUAUCAACGCUGUUGAAAAUUUUGCACCUUUUAUUCCUCAGGAGUUUGAAGCAACCAUAAUCCUUACGGACGAUAGCCAGGAGUGCAAUGGUGUUGGCAAGCGGUCGCUGAGAGGUCAGAAGAGGCAACCUAACGAGAGGAGGUCUGCUGGUGGAGUGAACCAGUUGGCUCUGAACACACUCAAAUGCCCCAUCUCAGAGCUCAGGCGCGCUAAAGUCUUUCUAUUCAAGCUUGAUGAGAACGACCCAGACAUCUUCAAGGGACACGAACGGGUCCACGUGGACGAGAUUGAGAUAUAUUUUGAAGGUGCCCAAUUUGACCGAAAUGGCUCUCCUGGAGCUAAGAAAGCUAUCACGGCAUGGAUUUCCUUUACCGGAAUGAUGACAGAUGUGUUCAGGGGAAGACGUUAUGAGUUCCUUGCCCCUCCCCGAAUAACGGAGUUCUCUUACAAGAUAAAACCAGAUAACACCUUCGAGGUAACGCAGUCUGGAAAAGUAAGCAGCAAAUAUCAAGAAUACUACGACGGAAUCGCCGCCAUUACCACAUGGAGUGUUAGUCUUCCUGCCUCGCUGAAUAGCCCCAACCUAAAUUUAGACGGGGUAAACCAGAUUAAGAUAAAACUCAAAGGGACGCGAGUACCUAUACAACCGGUGGGAAGUGGUGAUAACGAUUUAGGCCAGGCUAAGGGAGAUGCAAAGGUGGAGAAAGCAAGACGUCACAAGAGGAAGGGGACGCACGAUCGCAAAGCAUCUUAA